AUGUCAUUAAAAUCUACUUUACAAACAUCAGCAACAGUUAUAUCAUUGAUAAUAAUAAUAAAUGAAUUACAUAAAGCAUACAAACGACUAAACAACCAAAACACAGAUGAAAAUCAUUUAACAUCAUUACCACCAAAAUCAAGAGGUAUUGAAUCAAGAAUUGGUAAUACUCCAAUAAUUGAAAUAAAAUCAUUAUCUAACAAAACUGGAUGUAAAAUUUAUGCAAAAUUAGAAUUAUGUAAUCCAGCAGGUAGUUCAAAAGAUAGAGUAGCAUUAGCAAUAAUAAGAGAAGCUGAAAAAAAUAAUGAAAUAGAACCUUACCAAAAUCAUAAAAUAUUUGAAGGUACUUCAGGAUCAACAGGUAUAAGUUUUGCAGUAUUAUCUAAUGCAUUGGGGUAUAUAGCACAUAUUUGUUUACCUGAUGAUACAUCACCUGAAAAAAUUCAAUUACUAGAAGCAUUAGGAGCAGAAAUUGAAAAAGUUAAACCUGCAAGUAUUGUUGAUCCAAAUCAAUAUGUUAAUGCAGCAAAAAGAGGAGCUGAAAAAAUUAAUAAUAACUCUGGUUCUAACCAAAAAGCAAUUUUCGCAAAUCAAUUUGAAAAUGAAUUUAAUUGGAAAAUUCAUUAUAAUACAACAGGACCAGAAAUUUAUAAACAAUUAAAUUCAAAAAUUAAUUUUUUUAUAAAUGGUUCAGGUACAGGAGGAACAAUAACAGGAGUUGGCAAGUAUUUGAAGGAACAAAAUCCUGAAAUAAAAAUUAUAUUAUCUGAUCCUCAAGGUAGUGGAUUAGCAAAUAGAAUAAAUUAUGGAGUAUUAUAUGAUUCAGUUGAAAAAGAAGGUACAAGAAGAAGACAUCAAGUAGAUACAUUAAUUGAAGGAAUUGGUCUUAAUAGAUUAACUAAAAAUUUUAAAAUUGGUGAAAAAUUUAUUGAUGAAGCUAUAAAAGUUAAUGAUUUACAAGCUUUAAAAAUGGCAAAAUAUUUAUGUUUAAAUGAUGGUUUAUUUUGGGGUAGUUCUGCUGCAAUAAAUUGUGUUGCUGCUUUAAAAUUAGCUUUAAGAUAUGGUCCUGGUCAAAAUAUUGUAAUUAUAGCUUGUGAUUCUGGUGAUAGACAUUUAUCUAAAUUUUGGAAAGAAGCAAUGAAAUUACCAAAUGAUAUUAAAUUAGAAGAUAUUUUAGAAGAUUGA